AUGAAACGAUCCCGCCACAGGUGGCUGGCAUUCUCUAUAUUUUGUGUAGCAGUUAUAGCAUUCUCGAGUCUGCCCAGUACAACAGCGAAACGAGCUACAUCACUUAUCUUCGCAAAGACCACAACCACCACUACUCCUGCACCAGAGGAAGAACCGUCAGGCCCCGAUGAUGAAGCACAGAUGGAAACCACAGCAGAGGGAGCUGAGACAAACACAACUUCAAAGUAUUCUGGAAUACCUCAACUUGACUACAUCUAUGACCCCAAUUUACCAAGAGAGCUGAAUGGGUACAAUUUAUCCGAAUAUCCAUUCUAUGCAACAGUUCCACCUCCAGAGACAAUGGACUUCAAAUGUGAAGGUCUACAUGACGGCUUCUACGCUGCAAUACCUCAUAAGUGUCAGGUGUACCAUCAUUGUCUCUUCGGUACGCGGUAUGACUUCCUAUGCGCCAACUACACAGCAUUUGAUCAAAAAACGUUCAUUUGUCAAUUCGUGUCAGAAGUAGACUGCAAAAAUUCAGCCAACUAUUUCCAUAGAAAUGAAGCGCUCUACAAAGCUACCACCAGCGCCACGCCGCCACCUCCUCCAAGUACUACAACUACCACAACAACCACUAGGCCACCCAGACCUCCACGGAGAAGGCCACACCACCGAUAUGACUACUACGAUGAUGAUGACUAUUAUUACUCGAGGGAUAGAGAUGAAUAUGAUGAUGAAGAAAGAGGUGGCAGAAGAACUAGGCCACGUGGAAGACCAGGAAAAAGACGGCCUCAUGACGACUAUGAUGACCGGUAUGACACGCGUUCAAAAUCACGAGAUGUUGACGAAGAUGAUUACGAUGACAGAAGACCCUAUGAAAGACCCAGAAGCAAAAGACCAGAUUAUAGAAGACCAUAUGAUGAAGAUGAAAGAAGACCUUAUAAAGGCGGAAGACGUCAACAAAAGCCCAAGGAAGAAAUAGACGAUAGAUAUAGAGAUGAAGAUGAUGAAAGGCCAAGAGCUAACAGACCGAAAACACCAAGAGAUGAAUUUCGUUCUCGGGAUGAAGCACUUGAUGACAAAAAAGAUAGAGAUAGAGAUGAUGAUACUUUAAGAGAUGAAGUACAGCCAAGAGACGAGUUAAGAACUAGAGAUGAGAAACGGCCUAGAGACGAGACACGACCGAGAGACGACAUACGACCCAGAGAUGAAAUAAAACCAAGGGAUGAAACUAGGUCGAGAAGCGAAAGCCGACUGAGAGAUGACAUUAAACCCAGAGAUGAAAUUAGGCCACGUGCUGAAGGUAAACUAAAAGACGAUGUCAAACCAAGAGACGAAUUUCGGACACGAGAUAAAGACGAGAGACGGCCUUUGGAUGAUAACCGUUAUAAUAGGCCAAGAGAAAAAACAAAUGAAGGUCGUCGAAUAUAUGAUAGACCGUAUAGAGGCAGAGAUGAGCGACCCCACCCAAAACAAGACAGAAAUAAUGACGAUGAAAGACGUGAAGAAAAAAGACAGGCACCCACGGCGCCUGAUACACCGCUAGUCAAACCGAACGGUCAAGGAAUUUUUAGUAAACCUAGAAUGCCUCCGAAAAUUAAACGGCCAGUGCCACUAAGUGAAAAAGAUAAGUAUGAAUAUGUACCAGUGUCUACAGCAAAAGCGUCAUCGAAGCCCGAGGAAGAGUAUUAUGAUGAUUAUGAGGAUGAAGAUGAGACUAAAGCACUUCCAUCAGCGAAAACGAGCACGAUACAACAACGUCCAAAACCAGAGCCACUUGAAAGAGAAAAGUUCAAACCAAGACCUGCACCAACAAAAAAACCUAAACGCCCAAUAGAUUACGAAGAUGAAGAAUAUGAUUACGAACCUCCAACAAAAGCAGUCAAAUACACAUACAAUCAGAAGAGAAAUGAUCGACCUAUCGAUGGAUCAAAAACAAAAGAUUAUGAUUAUGAUUACGAUGAAGAUAAAGAAAGAACGAGCGAUGGAAAGAACGAAGAAAUAGUUAAUAAAAUGAGAGAAAUAAGGCCUAACGUCAAAGUUGUUAAACGUCCUUUUUUACCGUCUAGGGGUGGAAGUCCCUACCUACCAAGAGGAUUACAACCGGUAGGUGGAAAGAACUUAAACUCGCUACCAAGCACCACCCCUAAACCUACUUCUACUUCAACUACUACAACUACUACUACUACACCAACAACUACUACCACGACUACUACUACUCCUGCACCAACAACAACUAUCCCCACAACAACAAAACAAACUACGACAACUUUAGCAACGGAAAGACCAAGCACAGAUCCUAAAGUUGAAGAAGAAUACGAAUAUUACGACGAAGAAGAUAUUGAAUAUGAAAACAACAACAAAAAGGAACCAAUAACUACAACGACUGAACUUGAAACUGCACCACCCCCAACAACAACACAAGAAAACAAACCAAAAGAUUAUCCGAAGCUUGCAGAGAAACAAGAAAACAAAGCUAAAGAUUUAGCCUCAAAAGUAUUGAGAACUUUCAAUGAUAACUACGAGGCAAUGAGAGAACAAUUAGAAUCAACAUUAAAACCCGCCGCUUAUUUGAAACCAUAUUUAUCACAAGAGAAACCAAAACCAGAAAUAUCCAAACCUUACACGGCAACUGGAAAACCUUUACGAAUCCCUGAAGUUUCUAUUAAGCAGAAUCUAGCUGAUUCUUUAGAAAGUGAAUAUGAUGAGAGGUAUAACGAAGCCACACCAAAUUUGGCCAACAUCAGAGGGUCAACUGGUUUUAUUGUUCCUACAAACAGAGAUUACACAUUCACUAGGUUUAGAAAUAACAUACAGCCCGAACCACAAUUUGCAGCAUCAGAACUAUCACAGUAUCAAAUAUAUAAACGUCCUCAAAUAUCUGGUGUAAGCUUAAGAACGCCGACAUCAUACUACUUAAAGCCUCAACUGAGUUAUGAACGAUUGGCGCGACCAGCCAGACAACUUGUAUAUAGACCAUUAGGAGAUUUCUUUUAA